AUGGUCGUCGGAUACGUCGCAGCCAUGCCCGACGUCCACUUGGGCAAAGGCGCAACGAUAGGGAGCGUGUUCGCUUCUCGUGAUUUCGUCUGCCCGAACGCCGUUGGAGUAGACAUAGGCUGUGGCAUGUGCGCUGUGAAGGUUCCAGGUCUCACUCGCCUUGGCCUUUCUGAGACUUUUUUGAUGAAGCUACACGGUCAACUGGUUGAGAGAAUCCCCACUGGCUUCAAUAGCCAUGAGAAAGCAUCGUCGGAAAUGCGAGCGGCUAUGAAGCGACUGGUGGACGAGCACAAGCCUACUGGGCAUACCAGAGGAGUGAUUGCCGAGCGGCACGUGAAACAGAUUGGUACCCUUGGUGGUGGCAACCACUUUAUCGAACUGCUUCAUGACGAAGGAGACGACAUAUGGCUCAUGCUACAUUCGGGCAGCCGGAAUAUCGGCAAUAUUACUGCCCAAUAUUAUGACGGGUUGGCUGCGAGACAGACAGGCACUUCGAAGGAAAACCUGGCCCAUCUCGCGAUCGCCAGUGAUGCUGGUCAAGACUAUCUACGAGAUAUGCACUUCUGCCAAGCCUAUGCGAUGGAGAACCGAAAAUUCAUGAUGAAUUCUUUCGUUA